AUGUCGCUGUCGGGAAAUCUGGCCGGAGUUGACAUGAACAAUGCCGCGAACCUUGAGCUAUACUCAGAGGUUCUCCUUUUCAAGAAUGAUUCAAGCAGAGACGAAGUCCUCUUUUUCCAUCGCUCGAAUGCUGAGCAAAGAACGUUGCAGGCGAUUGCUCAUAGUUUAUUGUUGGAGUACGAAUAUUCCGCUGCUACGAAAGUCAUAAGGAUCAGUCGACCAACCUCAUUAGACAUAUCAUUCUUGGAAGACUUACAGAUUGGACAAAUGGAAAAUGAUAUAUCAGCUCGAGAUUAUGGUAUUCAGUCCGAGGCGUUGGAUCCGAACGAUUUGAUUCCUGAAAGCAAUGGAUACGAUAACAACUCGUUCAUUUCCGGUCCCGAAAUAAUGACUUCACCUUGGCUAAAUGGAGACCAUGCUGAAAACACUGCCAUGUCUGGGCCUAACUUAAGAGAUCGACAACUGAAUAAUCACUAUCAGCAGGACGGACUUUCCAGGGAAGGUAUAAGCGCAAACGCUCCUAGCGGGGAGUUCAGCAAUAGCAUGAGCGGAGAUCUUGAACCUUGGAGUGCCUAUGAGACACAUGUUGACCGCAUUGAGAUGAACCAAAUCGAGUCUUUCACAAGUUCUCUCCAGGGAGUAGGAGAAGGAGAAGCACAGCCCGAAGAGUGUAUACUUUGCCACCAGCACAACUAUGCUUGCACUUGUUUUACAAGUGCACCUCAAGCUUAUACUAGUGAGGGCUUUCCCCAAUCUAGUCUUGACGAUGUGCCCAAUGAAGCAUCGCUGCACGAACAGUGUCCGACGAGCCCAAAUGUGAGACCAUUGCUACAGGACUUUGACGAAGUACCUGUCGUGCAUUCAGGAAAUGAAUUGAGUGUCUGUCAUUUUGGAGACUGUAUGGAGACGUUCUCAAGAUCGGUCGAUCUACAGCUACAUUUGCGAGAGCAUGUCCUCACACAAGGCCUGGCUUCAGUGUCAGACAUUCCAGAAGCUACGAACUUAGAUUGGACAGAGGAGCACUCAUUAUUGCCUAACUGUAUUCGGUCACUACAACGCAAGAGGAAGAAUUCCCAAUUAUCGAAGACCUCAGAAAGCACCGACGAAACGUCAGAUAACGGCGUUGGACCACGUCGUCCGUAUGAAUGUGAUCUAUGUCCAAGGAAAUAUUUCAGCUCAAAGCACAUCAACCGUCACAGAAAAGUUGAACACCGCGACGCGAAGGCGAGGUUCUACUGUUCUACUUGCCAAGCAUCAUUCGAUCGACGAAUUAGUCUGACUAAUCAUCGGAUAUCAUGCAUAUAUAGCGGAGGUGGUAGGACUUCUCGUAACGACAGCAGAGAAGGGAGCGUCCACAGUGGCGAUAAUGCCGAAGGUUUCAGCGUAUCUGUGUUUGAUUCAGGAUCCAUCCAUUCUGCUCGUUCAUCUGCUAGGUCUGCCAAUUCAGCCAGCUCUGGUAUUUCAGUCACUUCUGGACGACGAGGACCUUUAAGUCGACUGGCUCGAGCAGGAAUGCACGCCCUGAAGGAAGUCGGUGCUUGCUGGAGGUGUAAAGUACUCAAAAAAUCAUGUGAUAUUUAUGAUCCAUGUGUCUUGUGUCCAAGUGAUCAAAGAUCCAAUUGGGCAAAGGUUGGUUGUAAACGUGGAGAUUUUCAACCUCCAGGCUCUAGACUUUGUCCAAGCCCGUUUGCAAGAAUUGCUACAGAGGAGUCAGACAUUGAAGUGACGGAAUCUAAGAUAAGAUCACUUAAUGUUGCGGCUGACGUUGAGAGAUGGUUGCAGAAAGUGAGGUCAGACGACAUUUCUGGCUCUAUUGAGGAGGAUCGAGUCCUGCAAAAUUUCCAUUUGCACUUGCACAGACCUCCACUGUCCCAACUUUCGAACACUUCCUUGACUCAACUAGCACCUCUUGAGCAGUGUGCUCUCACAAUACUCUGUCAUUUUCUUCGCUGCCCUGAGGCACGUCAGGUCCUCAACAAAGAAGGCUCUUUAGACGAACUUGGGAAACUAUUGCCUUUGGCCAUAGUCUACCAAGCUGAACAACAAGAUGAUCAAUUGAUUGCACAAUCUUUGAUAUGUCUUCGUGUAUGUGCGGAAGCUUUGCGUGCCCAAGCUUCCGGGCUUCUCUCCACACCUUGGCAUAGUAUUUGCGAAUCACACAAUUCCAAACUCGACGAUGUGAGGAACUUGAAUGUACAUCUUCGCUUGUACAAUAAAGAACUUUCCCGUGUAUUCUUCCAAAGAGAGAACCUACGGAACCGCCGCCCUUGGUGGCUCUCUGCUUUCUAUAGCUUCUGCAUCCAGAGCUAUGUACGGCGAGCACUAAUUAAGUUAAAUAUGGAACUGAAACCUACCAGUAUUCUAGCAACGGACAUUUGCUCUUUCUAUGAGGAAGCAGUGUGGAAAACAGGGCAGCGAGCCGCCGCCACUCGGAGUGUUCCAAAACAACUUGAGGCUGCAUAUGCCAUAUUCUAUGACGUCGUUCGGAGAGGACGACAAACUAUCGAGUUUUUUCCCUCUGCAGUAUAUACAACCUGGAUGAAAUUCUCUGCAUUCGACAGGGAAUGGUAUCUAAAGCAAGCGCUCCUCAUGGCGGUAAGCUAUCUCGGUGAGAUAUCGAGCAAGUCCGGCCACCCACGAAAUCCUCUCAGGAUCUCACGGCGUCGAUUUGAUUUCAGCCUUAAAAUAUCGAAACUUUCCCCUGAGAUGAUUGCAGGAUUGUACUCGAAAGAUUGGGACUUUGACCCACUGACGGAAGCGGAGCAGUAUCUCUACCUUCCAUUGCGCCUAUUCAAAGCUAUGAAUAGGCUUUCCGUCGAUCCAAUGAUAUUCUGGGGAGGAGUGGACAUCGGGUUGAAACAUAUCGAUGGAGCUAGUGUAGCUGUAGACCAUUCUACUUGGCAGGAAAAAGGUAUCUCAUCUUCAUACGACUACCUCAAGCGCCUCUUCGAAGAUGAUGGACGAACUUUGGAGGAAAUAGCAACUGGAGAUCCUGUGUCGAUGGCACAAAUUAACGAUGCGAAUUUGAAAGGAGAAUGCGCAGUCUGUUUGACGCAUAUACCUGCAGGCUCGGACAUCAUUGUUCUGCCUUGCUCCCACUGGUUCCAUGAAACAUGCGUAGUUGCUUGGCUACAGGAAAUCAAUACCUGUCCACAAUGCGGGGUGUUGGUCUAUAGUGAGGAUGAGGUUGGGCUUGACGGGGAAUGA